AUGCGACGGCUUUGGGAGCAUGCACGGCAAAAGGGUAGAAGUAGCAAACAAUCUGACAGUUCAGUGUCUGCCUCCCCGCCCCUCCCAAUAAUAACAAACACACCUCAGGGGCUUGAGGUCGUGUACGAUGGGAAUGAUGCUAUCGUUGACAUCAUCGCCGUUCACGGCCUAAACGGGCACCGACAGAAAACAUGGACCGCAGCUAACAAUGUCCAUUGGCUCCGCGACCUCCUUCCACACGAUCUACCUCGCGCUCGUAUCAUGUGUUGGGGUUACGAUGCCAACACGCACGACAGCUCUCGCGUGAGCUGCCAAUACCUGUACGAUCAUGCACGUACCUUGGUUUCGGAUCUGUGCCGAAAGCGGCAAUUGACCAGCUCAACGAGACGGCCGAUCAUAUUUGUGGCACACAGUCUAGGUGGCAUCGUUGUAAAAAGUGCAUUGAUCCAUUCAGACGCAUCGCGACAAGGGGCGUUGCUCGAACACCGCUCCAUCAAGCUCUGUACAUAUGGCAUCAUCUUCAUGGGUACCCCACACCAAGGUGGUAACGGGGUGCAAUUGGGCCGAUUACUCGUAAACAUUGCUUCAGUUUUUGUCGCAGCCGAUAACCAUAUCCUGCAGCAUCUAGAACGAGACUCAGAGUGGCUGCAGCAGCAGCUCGGGCAAUACGGCCCGAUUACUAACGACUUUGUUACAAAGUAUGCUUAUGAGGCAUACGAGACUGCAACGGCAUUUGGCCGCAAAAUCAUGGUAGUCCCGCGUGCAUCGGCAGUCGUACCAGGCCAUGCCAAUGCCGAGUCGAUCGUCAUUCAUCACGACCAUAUCAACAUGGUAAAAUUUAUAAGCAAGGAAGACAAUGGCUAUGAGAAGAUUUCAGGGUAUUUGCAGAUUAUGGUGGUGAAUACGGGUGACCAGAUACGGCAGCGAUGGGAGGAGGAGGCAAGGAUAACAGAGGCUCGGACUGAUCCUGCGUUCAGUCGAUGGUUCCUACCUCUAAGCUUAUCCGGCGUCACUGAAGUCGCGCAUUUCGUGGCAAGAGAGGAAGAGCUUGCACAAACACAUGAGAUUUUGCGUGCUAAUAACAGACGACGUACUGCUGUCCUGUAUGGCUUAGGUGGGAUGGGUAAGACACAAUUGGCGGCAGCAUACAUUAAACGCCACCAUGCAGAUUACUCCGCCGUCAUCUGGCUGAACGCCAAAGAUGCAACAUCACUAAAGCAAAGUUUCGCUCAUGUGGCCGGGAGGAUCAGUCAACAGCAUCCCUCCACACUCUACAUUGAGAAUGCCAUCAAGGACAAGGAUCUCGAUCAGAUAACCGAGGCGGUCAAGCGAUGGCUAGGAGAGACUCACAACAGCCGUUGGCUCGCUAUUUAUGACAAUUACGACAACCCGAAAUUCCCCAAUUCCACAAGUGGGCCAGAGUCGAGCAAAGAGAUUGUAAAGGACGAAUCUGGUGCGAUAAACUCUGAGUCUCAGAUAUCGCUGGAGAAAGGGUUUGAUAUUCGACCCUUCUUUCCCAGCAGUUAUCAGGGUGCCAUUCUGAUAACAACACGAUCAUCUAUCGUCCAGCUUGGAAAGAUCGUUCGACUAGGGAAAUUGACAAGUGUUCAUGACAGCCUUCAGAUUUUGGCUUCCACGUCACAUCGACAAGGCCUCAAUGACGGUAAAAUGCGGUUGAUGAAACGUAACAGAUAA